CGCGAUUCUGCACUUGAAUUUCGACAUGCCUCUCAUGAAUUCGGGUGUGACGUCUUGGCUGCUGUAUUCUCACCAGAAGGGUUAUUGCUUGGCCUGUCAAGUCUCCUGGAGCUGUAAAGCAUUAAUGUCUCCGACUUGCCCUGAACUUUACCAUCAGGGUAGCGAGCAUACGCCGGCCAGCACAAUGUUGGCGCUCCGGGCGCAAACCCUCAUCUGCUAGUUUCUCUUCCUGACGAUGCCACUGAGCGUUCUGAGGCAUUAUCUUCGUCGCUCAACACCAAGCUUCGUUGCGGUUCUUUCGCUCUAUCGUCCGGCACAUUUCAGUCAACAACUUCUCUUGACCACAAGCUCGAACGGGGCGGCUGCACAGACAGCAAACUUCACACAAUGCCAUUAUUUCAACGGCAGGCCAGCCUUGGCCCUGAAACCGGAGCAUUCUGUUACUGCCGACCUAGACGAUCUCGACGGAGGUGACAAAGCGUCCUCGAGCUUUCAUGACUACUCCCCAGAGGAUGAAGUACAAAUCAGAGCACCAUCCGCACAGUCGUCAGAUUCCGCAACUAUAUCAGGCUACGGGAAAUGGGAAAGCCUUUCGAAGAACCACAAACGGCUCAGAGAAGAAUCGACACCCCCUUUGCCCGAGACCGACAGAGGACGGCUGAUAGAUAGCCCGGAAGGAGAGGUGGACUUGGCUUUAUGGGCGUGCCUCUUAAAUUUCUGCCAGAGAACUGGCUUUCUUGACGGAGCGGCUUAUUUGCUGAGCGAACUAUUUCGACGCCGAAAGCUUUACCAGACGGACCACCCCUUGGCCGGGAAUUUCUGGCAAACUGUAGUGGACCUCUCGAUCCAUGACGACACGCUACUCGAGCAGCUUCUAGGGCAUGCCUUGUGGAUGCAGGACAAGCGAGACACCCGGUGGCCUCAGCUAUAUGGCUCCAUAAUGAAUUCUUUGCUGACCAGUCAUCAAAUCAACCGCGCGUUUCGUUGGCAUCUUCUGUUGAGUUCCUUUUCAGCUCCCACCGAGACUGAACUUAUCGAAGUUCUUAAAACGGCAGUUCUGGAUGAGGACCAAGACGUCAAAAACCUGCUGCAAAGUAUCUACAUAACAAGUACGCAUCGGGGACUGUAUGACAUCUUGGUACCGUUCUUUUGGGAGCAGGGACUUUGCGGCCUUGCGCUCAGAUGGAGAAAUACCUUCAUUAGACACAACGAUCGCCCCCGUUCUCGAGCCUCGCGACCAUUUAUUAGGUACUUUGCAGCCUACUUUCCACAGAAGCAUUUAGUAAAGCAAGAAGUCAGAGCAGCCGGCCUUGAUACCGAGUUUCCUGAACAUGAAGGACCUGCAGAGGAUGUGGGCGACGACGUCAAUGCGCUCUUGACCUUUCUCGGUGGUAGGCCUCUUGGAUCGGACGAAACAUACAAUGACACUCUUGGGGCAAGGUGGUUUGCUAGCUCAUGGAUAUCUCUUGAGACUGCGAUACAGUUUGUUCACGCGUUGGGUGUCUCGAGAAUUGGACCCCUAUCACUUCAGUCGAUCGCACUGCGUGAAAAGUCGACGGCAGAUCUAGUACAUCGACUCAAGCAACUCGACAGCUGCGGAAUACGGAUCGGUGCUUCCAGAUAUGCGCGGGCCAUUAGGUACAUGGCAACAUCCGGGGACUGGAACACGCUCCAAGACCUGCUAGGCUCAGACAUACACCCAGACGUUUUUGAUGAUGACGUCGCCCAGGAAAAGAUCCGAAAGGAGUGCCAGCUCGCCAGUGAUUGGAAAACUUACCGGAUGCUUACUGCCGUUAGGGUUGCGGAGACACUUGACGGAGUGACCAUCGGGUACAACAAUUACCUUUCAUCUGCAGACCUCCUCUCGAAGCGGCUUGCAACAAAGAUUUUAAGCCUAAUGCAGGCUAGUGACAUCCCUAUCUACGCCUCAACAAGCGCUCGCAUGUCGCAGUACAUGCUGGAUCACAUGCCACCCAGAAACAAUCACCUAGAUCCAAAUUCCGACUACUUUCUUGAGCUCAGCCGUCUGAUGCUGGCUACUCCAUAUCCCCCUCCAGCCAGUGUGUGGCAGAGUCUCCUGGACUCACUUAGCUACAUGCUAGACAUUGACCGUCUGGAGGAGGUGAGUCUAGAGAUUGUUCACCACUACUGGGACCCAAAAAGAAACCACCAACCCAGUAUGAGGAUACCAACUGCCGAUGUCCCAGAAACAUUCCACGCGCUACAGCCAGACAAGCCUUUUCAGACACUCCCUCGCGACCUACCCUUGACGAACAGCAGCCACCCGAUAGCCAAGAUAUUCAACCAUCGAUUCCAGCGGCAUAUUGUUCGUCGUGCGUUCAAAAGUGCACUGGUUCGCCGUUCCAAACCGACCCGGCUCAGUUCAAGAUCAUCGGCGGCAGACUACGGUAUUGCCCGUGGUGUAAAGUUUCUGGCAGACUUGAAAAACGCAGGUGUUAAUGUCCCGGAUCUUACAGUUCAGAAAGCUGUCAUCUUCUGCCUUGUCGAUCUGUUCAGCUUCGACUGGGUACCACGACAGCACUUGAGAAUGAAACCCAACCUCGCCAAUCAGUACACUCUGGAUGAGGCGCGAGAUCUGUUCAACGAGGCGUGGGGUAGCUCUUUGCUGCCGGCCGGAGAAGAAUUACAGCAAAUUAUUGAUGUCGAGGGCAUGGCACGACAUCAGCGGAGAGAAACGAGGAUUAUGAAAAUGGAAGAGCGUAAUGGGAUGUCACAGAUCGAACGUCGGCGCGAAAUCUUUGUCAGUAUUGCUCGCAUUGUAAGCUGGUUAGAGAAGAUGACCCGUUGAGAUGUGUGUUUCAAGUUUAUUGUUAUAUUUGUACUACUUAGAUGUAUAUAACAUGUGUAUAAUCUCUGUACAUAUUAAUUUUUUCAUGUAGAAUACCUGGUCAGUCGGUUUAGACUUGUCGAGCCGGUGUCAAAUAAACAUCUAUCAUCAUAGCAAUUUCCCC